CAUGUGAAGGUAGCGACUCUGGAAACAUGAAUUCAAGCAACACCAGCUGUUCAGAGCGAACAGCGUUCAAUCUGAUCCAAAUGAAUGGAACAUGGACUCGUCACAAUGGACAUUGCCAAGACAAGGAGGGAAAACUUUCAGAUGCUAAAAUCUAUGAGAACAAAUCGGACCAAGGAUUUUCCUGGACGGUGGUGAGCCCCAUUGUUUUCACCUACAGAGUCAUUCAGUGUAAAGACCUACUGGAUCCCAGGAAUGACACUUUGCUCUGGGGACACAUAAAAGACGAAGAACUUAAAGGCCCCACGAGGAACUCCAAACCAGUGAAACGCUUUAUUGUCAUUGAUAAAACUGUACAUGAAUUGUACGGCUCUAAGGUUUCUCAAUACUUUGAUGCCAAAGGAGUCAUUUACAAGAUUCUUCCUCUGCCCACCACUGAGGAGAAUAAGAAUAUGGAGUUAGUGACCAGGAUCCUGGAGGAAGUUCACCAGUUUGGGAUCGACAGACGUUCGGAGCCAAUCAUCGCGCUCGGAGGAGGAGUCUGUUUGGACGUCGUUGGUCUCGCAGCUUCACUCUACCGACGAAGGACGCCGUAUAUCAGGGUGCCGACGACUCUGCUGUCGUACAUUGAUGCCAGCGUAGGGGCAAAAACAGGGGUCAACUUUGGUGGGGGGAAAAACAAGCUGGGAAGCUACGUUCCACCAGUGGCGACACUUUUAGACAGCUCAUUCUUCCAAACUCUGCCUCUACGGCAGAUCUCCAACGGACUUGCAGAGAUGCUAAAGAUGGCCCUGAUGAAGCACCGUGGCCUUUUUGAGCUGCUCGAGGUGAAUGGCAGAAAAAUGCUGCAUGCCAAGCUGCAGCCCUCUGAGACCUGUGGUGGCUUCGAACAGGAAGACGGUGCUGCAGCAUCCAUGCGCAUCGCCAUAGAAACCAUGCUGGAGGAACUGGCUCCAAAUUUGUGGGAGGAUGAUCUGGAUCGGCUGGUGGAUUUUGGGCACAUUAUCAGCCCUGAGCUAGAAAUGAGGGUUUUGCCAGCCCUGCUUCAUGGGGAGGCAGUCUGCAUUGAUAUGUCCUUCAUGGUGUAUGUGGCUCAUCAAAAGGGGCUUCUGACAACACAGGAGAAGAGCCGCAUUAUUCAGUGUAUGCUGGGUCUGGAGCUACCUGUGUGGCAUCAGGAAUGCUCCUUGGUCCUGGUGCAGAAAUCUUUCAGGGAACGUCUGAGGCACUCAGCUGGGUCCCUCAGGAUGCCUCUACCCACAGGGCUUGGAAGAGCAGAAAUCUUCCAUGACAUGAUAGAAGACAAUGUCAUAUAUCAAGUCUUUCAGAAGUGGACUGAAGAACUUUCUACCUUAGGUUGUAACCAGAUAAACUAAUAUUACUAAAACAAACAAAGUCAGCAGUGCUAACUUUAAUACCAUAUUCUGAGGCUUUACAUGUUCAAAACACGGUCCAUAAAAAAUUGGGACAUGAUGGUUACAUCAUGGUUAGUCUUGGAAUAGGUUUUAUUGAUACUUGAGUUGAAAUGCAUUCAUAAGGUUGGAAAAUACAUCUCUACAGAAUAUGCUUAAAGAUCUAUAACUUUAUUCCAAGUGAUUUUUAACAAAGUUUGCACAGCAUCCAUGUUUACAGCCUAUAAAUGUAAUAGCUCAGGAAUAGUAUAAUUUAGCAUUUUUAGCAACUGUGAAAAUCUCCGUAAGGAACAACAUUUUUUAAUUUAAAUUAUUAGAUGGCAACAUUUUUAAAAUCGCAGAGACAACACCCAGUCAAAAAGUUCAAAUAAAUCUUUUAAUAUUUCUAACAGAGCAGUUUAACAUCGAGUACCAAUGAGCGUGAGUUAACAAAUCAGUGGGCGCAGUAAGUAUUGCAACACUUGUCUCUUAAUAACUGUGACAAUGAAAACAGUAGUAGAACACUUUAUGAACCACAGGAAUAAACUUGUUCAGACACUGAA